AGCGAGGCGGCGGGCGGCCGAGCCAGGUUCGCUCUCGUCCGCGGAGCUGCGGCGCGGGCGGCGGGCGGGGCCCAGGGCCCGGGCCGCCUGAGCCGGGGCCCGGCGUGUGGCCGGCCGUCCGGCCGGGCGACAUGGGGGAGCCUCCCGCUCGUCCCGCGCCCUAGCGGCGGCCGCGGCGGCCCAGGGCGGAGGCGACAGGCGGCCGCCCGCCGGAGGGUCGGGGCUGCCCGGCUUCCAGGGCAUGUUGUGAUGGCUGCUGAGAAGAGGCUGCAAGAAUACGGGGUGCUUUGCAUUCAGGAAUACAGAAAAAACAGCAAAGUGGAAUCAAGCACACGUAGCAGCUUCAUGGGCUUGAAGGAUCAUCUGGGGCAUGACCGAGGCCACCUUUGUGUGGAGAGCACUGACCCACAUUCAAGCACAUCUGUACCUUGGUCGAUGGUAGAGAAACCAACAAUGGAUAAAGCUAAUUCCGGGAAGGAAGAAAAAGAGGUGUCCGAAGAGAAUGUGAGCUCUGGGGACUCUGAAGAAAGCACAAAUUCUGAUAACGAGUCAGAACAAUUGGGUAGCAUUUCAGUAGAGCCAUGCUUAUUAACCAAGACUCACAGGCAGCUCUGUCGGUCUCCCUGUGUAGAGCCUCACGUUCUCAAACGCACUGAAAUUUUGCAAGACUUUAAACCCGAAGAGUCCCAGGCUACGCCCAAGGAAGUGAGGAAAUCCCCUGACGUGCGAGAAUACCAAACAAAACUGGAGUUUGCACUUAAGUUAGGUUAUUCUGAAGAACAGGUGCAGCUUGUGCUAAACAAACUUGGUACUGAUGCUUUAAUCAAUGACAUUUUGGGAGAACUUGUCAAACUUGGAAAUAAAAGUGAGGCUGAACAAACAGUCAGUACAAUUAACAGUGUGAUGCGGGAAACGUCUUCCCUGGAAUCUCAGCGGUCCGAGUCUCCGAUGCAAGAGAUCUUAACAGAUGACGGGCAAAACCUGAGACCCAUAGUUAUCGAUGGCAGCAACGUGGCAAUGAGCCAUGGAAACAAAGAAGUAUUUUCCUGCCGAGGAAUAAAAUUGGCUGUGGAUUGGUUUUUGGAAAGAGGCCACAAAGAUGUUACCGUUUUCGUUCCUGCUUGGAGAAAAGAGCAGUCCCGCCCUGAUGCUCUCAUUACAGAUCAAGAAAUUCUACGUAAAUUGGAGAAGGAGAAAAUCCUGGUGUUCACACCAUCCCGGCGAGUCCAGGGGAGGCGAGUGGUGUGCUAUGAUGACAGGUUCAUCGUGAAGCUGGCUUUUGAGUCAGAUGGUAUAAUUGUGUCCAAUGAUAACUACAGGGAUUUGGCUAAUGAAAAACCAGAAUGGAAGAAGUUCAUAGACGAGCGAUUAUUAAUGUAUUCAUUUGUCAAUGACAAGUUCAUGCCCCCUGAUGAUCCUCUUGGCAGACACGGCCCAAGCCUGGAUAAUUUUCUGAGGAAGAAACCUAUUGUUCCUGAACACAAGAAGCAGCCUUGUCCAUAUGGGAAGAAGUGUACCUAUGGACACAAGUGCAAAUACUAUCAUCCUGAAAGGGGCAGUCAGCCUCAGCGGUCAGUGGCUGAUGAACUUCGUGCCAUGUCUAGAAAUACAGCAGCCAAAACUGCAAACGAAGGCGGACUGGUGAAAAGCAACAGCGUUCCCUGCAGCACUAAGGCCGAUAGCACUUCUGAUGUCAAACGAGGUGCUCCAAAGAGGCAAUCAGAUCCAAGCAUCAGGACUCAAGUCUACCAAGACCUAGAGGAAAAGCUUCCUACCAAAAACAAAUUGGAAACCAGGUCUGUCCCUUCCUUAGUUAGUAUCCCGGCUACUUCUGCAAAACCCCAAAGCACUACAUCUUUAAGCAAUGGCCUUCCAUCUGGAGUUCAUUUCCCACCUCAGGAUCAAAGACCACAGGGACAAUAUCCUCCAAUGAUGAUGGCAACCAAAAAUCAUGGAACGCCAAUGCCUUAUGAACAGUAUCCAAAAUGUGACUCGCCUGUUGACAUUGGAUAUUAUUCCAUGUUGAAUGCAUAUCCAAAUCUGAGUAUCUCAGGCCCGCGAAGUCCUGAAAGGCGUUUCUCCUUAGACACGGAUUAUAGGAUAAGUUCUGUAGCUUCUGACUGCAGCAGUGAAGGGAGCAUGAGCUGUGGGAGCAGUGACUCGUAUGUGGGGUACAAUGACCGGUCCUACGUCAGUUCUCCUGACCCACAACUCGAAGAGAAUUUGAAGUGUCAACACAUGCACCCUCACAGCCGCCUUAAUUCCCAACCCUUUCUGCAGAAUUUCCACGACCCCUUAACCAGAGUGCAAAGUUACAGUCAUGAAGAACCAAAGUACCAUCACAAGCCUCCUCUUCCACACCUGGCUGUGCAUCUGCAGCACCCAGCUGUGGGGGCCCGGUCCAGUUGUCCUGGCGAUUACCCCUCUCCUCCAAGUUCAGCACACUCGAAGGCCCCACACCUAGGGCGGUCCUUAGUGGCCACGAGAAUAGACAGCAUUUCUGACUCUCGGCUAUAUGACAGUUCUCCUUCAAGACAGAGAAAGCCUUACUCCCGCCAGGAAGGGCUGGGAAGCUGGGAUAGGCAGAGUUACGGAAUUGAUGUGUACGGCUAUCGGCAGACUUAUUCCUUGCCUGAUAACUCCACGCAGCCAUGUUACGAGCAGUUCACCUUCCAGAGCCUACCUGAACAGCAAGAGCCGACUUGGCGAAUACCGUACUGUGGAAUGCCACAAGAUCCUCCAAGGUACCAAGACAGCCGAGAGAAGAUUUAUAUCAACCUGUGCAACAUCUUCCCGCCUGACCUUGUGAGAAUCGUCAUGAAAAGGAACCCUCACAUGACAGACGCCCAGCAGCUGGCUGCAGCCAUUUUAGUGGAGAAAUCACAGCUGGGUUAUUGAAAGAUGAUGCAUCUUUGUGGUGUUUAGUAGUUUUUGUUCAGCUCAAAUGCUGAGGGAGGUUUGCUACAAUAGCACAUGUGAUCUCCUUCUCGGCAAGGAGGUUAUAUAGUAUCCAUUUAUGUGAAAUACUGUAUCAUGGAAUCUGUAUGUAUAGCCCCACAUAGUGGAAGUGUCACAGGAUUGCUUUACAUUCAAACUUUUUUUUAACAUUUCCUUUUUAAAGCUAUACCCUUGGCUGGAAAUUUUUCCAGUGUGAUUUGUUAGAUGUAUCUGUGAUCUUUGAUAUUAAUCUUUGGUGCAUCAGGGGUUUAUAUGCAGCACUUUUUAUCCUUGUUUCAUGUUUUAUUAACUUGGUGUUUGUCUGUCAAUUGCAAGCAAUUACAAUACCUUCAGAAUGUUGGACAUUUGAGUAGACCUAGCAAACUAUUUUUUCAAGCCAAGCUUAAUUGGAAUCUUUUACAGCUUUUUAAGUUAUUUUUAUUUGGGGGAAGUGGGCUUCUUUGUGCUAUAAUCAUUAUUUAUAGAAACAAAGUUAUACUGCAGCACUGACUUUAUAUUUUAAACAAAAUAUAAGUUACCAGUUUAUGUUGAAUUGGGUAACAGUAUAUUUUAGAAUGAUUUACAAUAUGGCACUUUUCAUUGUUUUAUUUUGGUUUGGAUUUUUUUUUCUGUUAAGUAAUUAGUUAAUUUAAUAUGGUUGAUUUAAAGCAAAGCAGAUGCAAUCAAUGGAAAAAAUUGUUUCCAUUUUUUUUUUAUGAGUAAGGCAAAAGCCGUAACUGUUGCCAUUCAGAGCUUUGUCAUCCAGCUAUGAUGUGCUUCUAGACAGUAGAGACGGAAUAGAAUUCCUAGAUUUCCAUUACCCUGUACUUUUAACGUGUUGUCUUUUUGUUUGGGGGCACAACAAUACUGGAUAAAAUAACCCUUUCACAGUACUUGCCUGUUUUUAAUGAAUCUAAUUAUUCUCAAUGCAACUUUUAUAUUUAAUAUACUCUGUAGCUUUCCUGCUAUUUAUCAAGGCUGGCCUGAGGUGGUUGUCCGUGUUGAGGAUAUGCAACAUUUAUUGAUAAUGCACUAUGGAAAUGGUGACAGAGGAGUUGUAAAUGGUAACUUAAAGUUUUUGUAAGAUACUGUAUAUUUUCCAUUUUCCUGAAGGUAGUUUUUUGGGGGGCCUGUUAUAUUAUUAAGGCCAGAUUCUUGCCACAAAUAGUGUAGUUUUAGAUACAGACUGAAGUCUGUUCUAGUAUUAGUAAGGGAUAUUUCUGGUUUCAAAGUCAUGGGUUUUGCUAGACGUGAAUUCAUAUUUGUCACUUAGAAGAUAGUUAUUGCGGUCAGUGGCAGACAGUUGUGUGAUUGACAGAACUUCGCUGUUGCUCCAGUUUUUGAAUUUUGCUUAGUGUAACAGACUCGUUCUGAUCUGUUUCUGUGGUCUGCCUAGAUGCCCUGGUUAUUCUGAUUAUUCUACAUGCUACGGUUUGAAGUAAAGCCCUGAAAAACCAGAAAGUACCUUUUACUGUUGAUACAAAUUGUAUCUUUUUAACUAUAAGAACUAUUUGAUUUGUAGAUCUAGUUAAAACACAAGUGUGUAACUAUGAUUAGACUUUUGGGCAACAUUUUAUCCCUUAUUUAAAUACAAAUUUUUUUAAGUAAAAUUGAAGUCUAGAAUAGCGUAGAAAAUAAAAGUAACAAUUUAGGUAAAUAAAAGUGUCUGUCUUAGUUUUAUAUAAUAUAUUAAAAUAUAUUAAAUAAAUUUAUUGGCAUUUUCUUUCUCCUAAAACUUAUCUAGUGUGAACUUAACUUAAAAUAAAGGUAAAAUGCUGCCUGAAAAUAAUGUCCAAGCACCUUUGACUAGGAUAACAUUUUCACUACUUGUGUGACACUGUGUGUCGCAUGAAGUAGCAUUUGGGUAUACAGUAAAUGCUUCUAAAAGGCAUUGUGCAUAUUGACAUAUCCAAUAAUCUGAACCGUGUUCAGCAAACUUAAUUCAGGAAAGUGGUGUUCUACACAAUUAUUGCUGUUGUUUUUGAGGUGAGUGUGGCACUCGUCUCUACCCAGAAAUAAUUCAGAUGGUGCCACACACACCGUUCUGAGUGGCAUCUGUCUGAGAGCCCUACCCACUCGUGAAAUUGUUCUCCUGAUGUCGUCGGUCACUCUCUGUAGAACAAGUUUAAACGUAGAGGCUAAACCAGUGCCAAAAUUCGGGUUACAGAUGCCUAGGACCUUCUAUGUUAGUCGCAUUGUAAGCCUUUUUUUGUUAGUAUGAAAUCCUUCUUAAAUUGUACUUGUAAGUUUUGCUUCGUUUUUUUAUUUCAACAUUUUAAUUAUUUGAAGAUUCUGCCAAACUAAGUUUAUUUAAAGGAGAUCUUAGGUGAAAUGUAUAUCACACCUCUAAUCUGGCCUCCUAACGUUUUUAGCUAACUAUUUGUCAUUGCUUCGUGGAUUUUGGACUGGAAAAAUAGCAUAGCUUGUCGCCACCUGUCCCGAAGUCAGCAGCUCUGAACUAUCCACGUGCAAACGCUCCGGUCUAAUUAGUAGCGAGUUAAGAAAUAGCAGUUUUCUUAUGUCAAGAGGACAGUUUGUCCCUCGUUUUCUUUCGAAGCACUGAUGUUGCUUUCAGAGCUUAAGAAUGAGAUAUUUGGCAGACUUUCGACACAGCAAGUUCUUAAUUAUCUAAAGCAAUAAGUAAAUGGAUCCAUUAUUAAAUUAAAUCCAUAGCUGAUCCCAAACCUUCAUUUUAGUCAAAACUUUCACCUUGAUCAUAUCUUUUACCAGACUUGCUAAUAAGUAGCUGGAGAGAGGUGUGUUACUAAGUAGUGAAACUGCCGACAGUGGUCAACUGAUAGAAGGAAAGGAUUCAGAUCGGAACAUUGUGCCCCUGAAAAUUGACAGAGGGCUGUACUUGACACGAUAAUCAGCCAGUUCGUUGUCUCUGUGUCUUGGUACAGAGGGAAUAGUACCCAGCUGGCCAAAUACUGGCCCUUAGUAUUUCCUCCUUUCUUGCAUGUGGUACGUAAAUUUUCAGUCUCUUUUUUAUGAUCUCUCUAUCCUGAUGGAGUUUGUCAUUGACCUAAACAUUUGAAAGAAAUGCACACCAGUAUAAAAUAUUUGAUACUGUUAGAAACUUGAACUUUGUGUUUUUAUGAAAAUUCAUUUAUGAGAAUAUGUAAUAUAAUUAAAAAGAGCAUUUUUAUAUAUAUCUACAUGCAUACAUAUUUGUUAUGAAGUAUUAAAAAUAGGAGAGUGUAUGCUUUUGAUGGCUAACUUUUCCUUCAUUGAACUAUGUUUCCUUGAGUUGCGGAGGACCAAGUCUGGAGUCUGGAUGACCAAUGAAAAGAUCUAGAACCACUUAAAUGGAAAGCAACUCUUCACUGGUUUUAUUCCUGGUAUUUUUAAAGAAUUAUUUUGAUAAUUUUAAUCGAUUGUGUAAUUUUAAAACACAAAAAAAAAACUUAAAGUAGUAGUGCUUAUACAGAUAAUUAUUUAACAUGUCUUUUAUGGAUGUAUCUAUAUGUAUAUAGACAGUAAUAUAUUUAUAAAACAAAUAUUCUUUGAUUAUACUGUAGCUGUUAGUUUGUGAUAGGUGGGAGGGUGGCUCUGGGGGGUGUGUGUGUGUGUGUGCGUGUGCGUGUGUGUGUGCGUGUGCGUUUUGCGGACUCUCUCGAGCUGUUUUUCCCCUGAUUUAAUGGCACUUACCAUAAGGUAUAUUUGGUUUUUUUUUUUUUUUUUUGCUAUCCAACUUGCUUUUUCAAGAUAAAAUAAGAUGUACAACUUUCCAGCCAUUCUGUUAGUGUAUGGCUCGUCUAUUGUAUUAUCCAACUCCUGGAGAAUUCCUGGGUGACCUGAAAUCAAGCAGGUUAUGGCCAGAGAGAAUGUUUAUGUUCCAAAUAGAUUACACAUGGGAACUCAGCUAGGAUGUUGAGCUUCCUAGGUAUAUACUGACGAAUAAAACCCAUGAACUACACACAUGCGUUAGAGUAAGAGAAGGCAGAGUGUUAAUCAAAGUACAGAAUACAUGCCUUAUUUUCGAUUGGUCUGGGAAACCCGGGUGAGAGUUGACAAACUUGUUCGGUAAGGAUCAGAUAGUAAAUAAUUCAGGCUCUGAGAAUCCUAUGGUUUUCCUAAACUACUCACCUCUGCCCUUACAGCAUGAAAGCAGCCCCAGACAAUAUGCAAAUGAGUGGGUGUGACUGCAUGCCAAUCAAACUUGACUUACAGAAACAGGCAGCAGGCCAGAUUGGGCCUGUGGGCCAUAGUUUGCUGCUCCCUGUCCUAGAAGGAGAAAAGCAGGCGUAGUAAGCAGUAAAUCCUGAUAUACGUUAAUAUAAAACAUAAUAAUUGUAUUUCAGUUGACAUUCAAAGAAAAUCUGUUAUUGAUGGUCUUCAAAAGAAGAUUGUGAGACAGUCUAUUAAAGUAUGUUUUUUACCUGGUCACACCCAUUAUUUAUCAGAGAUAUUUCUUGUGUUCAACCACAAAAAAAAAAGCAUUCUGUAGAAUGAUGUUUUAAUAAGUGUUGAAAUUUUUUCAUGAACUUUGUAUUUCUAUUGAUAAAUGGAAAUCCUUUUGUUUUUUAAGGGCCUCAUGGACCAAAAUUCUGUUGUAUUUUGAAAAUUAGCGUAUAAUUAGCCACAAAAUAUUUUAAAGACUGCAUUUAUCAGUUACAUUUUUCUGCUGGUUUUUGACUUCUAAAAAAAUGACAGCUCUGCCCUUCUUUAAAAAUGGUUUUAAAGAAGAUAAAUAUAUUGUAAUUUCACAUACUAUAGCUUUAUUCUGUAAGGUUAAAAAUUGUAACUAGUGUAAUCGUAGCUAUAAUGUGAGUGCACUUGCUGUAUUGUGACUCUCUUCAUAAGAAACAAAGUGUCCCCCUGCUUCCUCUGUCCAGACCUUUAGUGUAGAUAUUUUUAGACACCUGAGGACUGUCCUUGGUGAAUGACAUUAACACGAUCACAUGUGAUUCUAAAUUCAAACUGUUCGCAUGUUCGUUCACAGUGCUUUGUAAAUUGUGUUAACGUGAUAAUAACAUCAUUUCCAUAAGAACAUUAAAUAGUUUUGAACAUUACCAUCCACUUAAGUGGUUAUACUUCCUUUUAAAAUUGGAAUACAACUCUAGCUUUUAACAGUGUUUACUGUUCUAAAUGGUUAUUUAAUGUUUUUUCUUUAAUGUCGUCUGUUAAGCUGCUUUCUGCUUCUGUUACAAUAAUAGUGUUAUGUUUUAGGAGUGGCUUUUUCCCUAAGGUCCUUAAGUCUUUCAGAUUUAAAAACAAUUUAAGGUUUUGACCAUUUGGCAGUUAAAAAAAAUCUAUGCAUGUUUUAAUUUAGUUUUUAUAAAUUUGUAAAGUGUCACUUUUUAAACCAUGUACCAAAUUUGCCAAUUUUCUGUCCACAUGUUUCAGAUGAAUAACAAAUUGUUGUCCAUUGUGGCUUUUUGACCCCUUUCUUAAAGCAGCUUAUGUCUCAAGGGAAAAGACAUUGACGAGCAAUGGUUUGUUUUAUAAAGAAUAUGUUUCAGAUUUCUUUGGGGUUUGUUGAAAUUAUAAACGUCCUAGCUAAUACAAAAUACCCACAAACAUCCAGACCUCUACAGAGACGUAGACAUAGCAUUGCAAGUGAACCAGGUUACUGAUUUUAUCUUUUCCUUUAGGUUUUUCCUCCUAAACCAUAGUCGUAUGCUGAUAGUAGAGUUUCCAAUUUGGCCCUUCAAACUUUUCUUAUAGGAAAAUAAAGCAAAGAAUCUGUUUCAAACAACCAUCUGAUAACUGACGUGAUGCUGUUUAUCCUAUGUCUGUUCUGUAUGUUUCUGUAAUGAAAUUUUUACAACUCCACAAAGCAGUAUUUUAAACAUCCUGGAAAUCGUAUCAAAACAUCUAUGUGAUUGAUUCUGCCACUGAGAAAAAAAAUUAAAAAAUGCGUUUUUCUUAUGGUGGUUUGUUUUCGUUUCAUGAAGAAAUUGACCUCGUGCAGCAGCACAGAUGCUAAAUAAAUAAAAGCAUCCUUCACCAGGCGCACAGCCUGCCUGCA